UAAUUAAAAUGCCAUAACAGUUGAAUGUCAGUAAAACGUACCUUAGAAACGAUAAAUUGCGCGAUACAAGAAAACAGUUGUAAAGUAAGUUGAAAAUAGAGAAAGGGUUAAAAAGAAAAGUCUAUCGGGAUGAAAAGCGACGUGUAUUCUGUCGUGGUUUCAACUCGAUAACAACAGAUUCGACGAUUCUGUUGCGAAAUGGCAAGUCGUCGCGCCGUAAAUUUCGAAUAUCGUGUAAACCGAUCGAACAAUACGACCCUCGACUAUGACGCAAAUUGUUAUCUGGCCAGUGUAUCGAUUCUCUUCCAUUUUAUUCCUUUCUUGUGUUGUUAGCUGGAUGUCUGGUCGUCGCGUCGCGUGGCAUUGUUUCUGCACGCGACGACGACACUCUGAAGGAUAAUUUAUCAAAAUUUCAUCGUUAAAGUUAGUUUAAAUCUAGCAUAAACUAGUUACAAUAUCGUUCGUGUCAGCUGUCGAUAUUAUCUUAUUUUUUCAAUUUUAAGCUGGUUACCCUCCAACACUGUCCUGAUAUCGAAGGAUCAAUAAGCUUAGGAUGGACCUUGCCAAAAAACGUAGAAUAAUCAAAAUGGCUCCUGUACGAUUCUUUGAUCCGUAAUAAAGUCUACAGAAAUUACUUGGAUCUUUAUUUUUAAACAGGCUGAAUUACGUAAAAAGACGAAGAAAAAAUGAAAACAGGAAACCGGAUAGCAAAUUGCUUCACCGUGUCCGAUUGCGAAAAGUUGACGUACUCUGCUUGUCAAAGCGUAUCGCUUAAAAGGUCGCAGAGUACGUAAAGACCCGCACAGAAGAUACCCUUUGUUGUACAUACAUCUGUCUUUGCUUACCUGCGUCUCGUAACACGAGCACGUGUGCCCGCAUCGCACAUCCACAGAUAGCAAUUACAAAGAACGUCAUAGAUACUAAAAAUUUGCACUUUUUUUUGUUAACCCCGUCGCAUUAUUCGGCUAAGGGGCGCCCGGGCAGUGUGGGACUCGUACCACCCACGCCAACAAAUUCGGGGUGGCGCCCCACCCACUAAAAUCCCUCUGUUGGCCACGUAAAAGUUUCACUAUUCGUCUAGACGAGAAGCCUGUAAUUAUAAUAAAUAAAUAGAACAAGCGAUAGUAAAGCUAUUGCAUUUGUAAUUCAAUUGCCAUUUUAUGGCCCAUAAACGCUACCAGACAAUAUUUCUUGUAAUAACACGUGGAAGGUUCGUUGUAAUCUUGUUCGAGUAUCGACCGUGUAACAUUUCGGUGAAGCUCGGGUACACGUAUACUGAACUGAUAAAAACUAUUUAAUGAUAACAACCAGUCUGCGUGACACCGUGAUUCGACAUUUAGUGACGUAGCGGUAUAUUUUCGCCUAAAACCGGAAACAUGACGAUUACUUGGUUUACACAGAUUAUUAACACUAAACGGUCUUCUUUUUACUGUCUGUUGUUUUUUGAUACGAUAUCGACAGCUGAUAUGAACAAUAUUGUGACUUUCGUUACGAUGUUUUGCUUUCAUUAUAAUUACAAUUAUUUUUAUCUGUCAAAAAUGAUGCAUUGUAUAUACGUAAUGAAUGAAACAUGAAUUCAAAUUUAAAUUUCUUGAUAUUUAACAAAUUUCAAAUAUUUCAUGUGCUGUUAAUUUUGUUAAUAUUGUAAUAUGUAUAGUAUUCUGUAAACUAUUCAUUUUUUUUCUAAUUGCACCGAAGAAAGGCUUUGACUUAUGAUAGUUGCACGAAUCCCCGCGUAUCUGAAUGCUCCGCGUAUUUACAUAUGUUUAUCUGGUUCGAUCGUAAUCUUUACGACGAUCAGCGUCAUUAUCGUGGCUGUUAUCAUUGUCCUGCAGGUAACACUCGAGAUAACGAGCAAGCUUUAUGAGAACAGUUAGUCGAACGUUUCUUCUCGCAGAACGCGGACUUUGUUCGCGCCGCGGUGCACGCUGUACACGCGUCCUCGAUAAUUUCAUCGUUCGCUGAUCUUUCAAAUGCUCUAACCGUGUUAUUAGCGGAUUUACAGCCACGAUAAAGCUUCCUCGCGCAUUUUACUAAAAUGACAAAUGUUUCUUUCUUUUUUUUUUUGUGUGAUCGUUCACCGUUCCAUUGGAUGAAAUAAAAAAAGAAACAUUAAAUCGCGAUGCAACGCGACGAAAGAAAGCUAAUUUGCAUAACCGUAUGGAACCGAUCCUCCGUGGAACGCGCGGUUAAUGCCGUCGAAGCUAAUUAAUUCCAGCCAAUUAACACCGUAUCGCGUCAAUUACAGAUUCGUUGAGUCACGACGACGGUUCUUGUGCAAGGAAUCGUCGCGUACCGUUACUCGAAAACGAGCGAACUCUCUUCUGAAAGCCGAAGAAAAUUGAAAGAAUUCCGAUGUGCACCAUUAACGAGACGCAAGCGCGUGACACGAUGUACGGAAAAAUGGUAACCAUCAGCUGCGAGUACAAGUUAUUUUUGCAACGAAUCGACUCGCAAGAUAAAUCAAUAUCUCGGUUAAGUGGUGCGAUAGAAAAAGUAAUUGAACGCUGCACCUCCGUCGUUGGUACAAGUUUCAAGUGCUUCUUCACGGUGUUUUAACGUUGAACGGUGGAACGAUUAAACGAAAACCGGAGACAGGAUGCUAUAAUCGAGUUUCCCUGCUAAAAGAAGAGAUGUACUCAUCGGUUCGGUUAACAAGUUUAUCAUCGACGAGAAUUUAAAGUAGCACGGACAAUUGGAACGUAAGAGGUCUGCGAGGAGAUGUUACCUCAACGAGAAGGAAUGCAAAUCUCUCUGAUGAAUCAACACGAAAAUAUCUCGCUUAGCAAAAAUUUCGCUUCGAUUUACGCGAACCGGAGGUUCAUCAUCGGAUGAAGAAUUCUUAACGGACGAUCGAAUCGAUCGAAGGCUGGUGAAAAAUAGCCAUCGCGUACUUACAAGCUAGUGAUAUCCCGUCGGUCGAUCUUGGAUUACAAGAAAGAGGAAAAAUCAUCGGCGUGUGGGUGGGACAAACGAUCAUCGGAAGAAUGUCGUGCAGGAAGAAGAUAGACUCGAAACUGUGGAUGGAGUAUAGCCAGGCGAUGGAAACCGAGGUGCGGACGUUGAAGCAGGAGCUAGUUCGUACCCAGGAGGCCUUGAGGGCGGCGACAAAGAGAUGCCGUGAUCUGGUGAAGGAGUUGGACAAUCGUACGGCGAGCCACGAGUCCGAGAGGACUCUUCGUGAUCAGCAACUCUCACGAAUACUCCGUGCCCUGCUUGUUCUCGAGGCGCGGCUGAAGCAGGAACAGAAAUCGAUCAGGCAGCUGCUCUGCGAGAAAGAUAACGUGAUCAGGAACCAGCAGCUCGAGAUCGCUAAGCUCAGACGUUACACGAAGAAUUACAUCAAGUGUAAACGCGAGCAAACGUUGGGAAACGCUUUGGCGAAGAUCGAAACGACCACCGACAUCGAAGAGAGUAGUCUUCAAGCUGUCAGCGAAAUACGAAUUCCAUCGUUGCAGGCGAACCCGAGACAGGACAGCAGUAUCAGCAAGGACAUUCAGAACCUGAAGUGUGAGAUAAUUACGAAACUGAAUGCCUCGGAAGUGGUACCUGUUGCGCUCGAGGAGUUGGACAGAGGAGUGAAGAAGACUCACAGCUUCGCCGGCAGCGAUAUUUCGAAAACGAGCCUGACGAGCAGCGAGAACACGGACGUGUCUAUUAUCACAACCACCACCGAGGGCAGCCCUUCGUUGCUCAGCACCGAAGGUUUUUGCGAAGGCGAAAGCACGGAUGUGUCGCCUGGAUCGACGUUGAACAAGUCGAAUAGAUGCACACCGACGAUGGUCACCGAUAGCGAGAACGAAACUACCAUGAUCUACGGUGACGAGGACGACGAGGAGGAGGAAGAGGAAGAAGAACGGACGAUGAUCGUGGUGAACGGUUCGAAGUUACCUCGAAAGAAGGUUGGAAACGGUAGGUCGAAAGUACAGAAAGCUUGCAAAGACGCGGAGAUAAUCGAGGCCGGUAACAUCGCGAGGACAGAGAGCAAGGAUGAUGGGAUGGACUGUAAUUUCGCGUCGGAGGACGAGGAGAAGGAGCCUAUUUACGUUAACGCUUGCAACGAGACGAAUUCAAGGAACUUGGAACACACCGAGUGCAUCAUCACCGACGCGUCCAAGACGAACGACGAUUAUAGUAAUAAUAAUAAUCACGGUAGCGGCAUUAACAAUAAUAACAACAGCGUGAUGUUGAAAAUGGAGAUCGAGGAACAGACUGUAGAAGAGACCAGCGGGAAUUGGUACAGCGAUCCGGACGAGGAUAAGAUCAACGACGAUGUGUUCAGGCACAGCACGUAUCGGCCAAAUAGUAAUCACAAUUCAGUCCUGGAAUGCGUCAAUCAGAUCCUUCUGAGAGACAUGGAGGAAGAGGAGAGCAUUCUUUCCGUGCCCAGAAGAUUCAAACACCGAGGAAGAAUCGUUCGCUUUCAACCGGCAAAAUUGUCGGACAUCGAGUCGGUGGGUUCUGAAAUGGAGAGAAAGAAUUCCGAGGAAGGCAUUGCGGGGAAGGAAACAGCGGGAAGCGAUUUUAACGACGUUCCUGCAAGUGGUUUCGAAGCUACAACCACCGAGGACGAGUUUGGAAUGAGUAUCUCUCAAACGGUAUCGACGUCGAGCGUAACGAGUAACAUUGUAAAUCACGAGUCGAGCUUGGAAGAAGAGUCAGAGGAAUCGAAAGCAAUUCCGAUUGUAAUCAUAGAGCCAAAGGUCGAGCUGGAGGAGACGAGACACACGAGCUUCUGCUCUUCUCAGCCGAUACAAAAAACCAAGUCGUCGAUGAACAGUUCGGUGAAUCCACCUUUAAAAUUGGAACGAAUCGAGGAGAAAACGUGUUUGCAAAUGUCCGCGAAAGGGCUAACCAUAGCGAAAAACUUGGACUACGAGGACAUCGAAUCGCUUCCAGAGAUAAUGUCGCCUCCUCCUAAAACACCGCCAGCGUUACCGCCUAAGCCACAGUUCAAGAACAACACGUUGAUCCUGAAGAAAAUUCCUAGUCCCUCGUUCCUGAUCGACGAGACGCGAAAGAAGCAACAGUUACUCGAAUCCAGCUCAGCCGAGCACAGCAAGAAGAUCUUUGGCUUCAUCUCGUCCCCUCUGAAAGCGGCAGGAAUCAACGUGUCGUCGGCGAGGAGCUUGAAUUUUGACGAAACCGUGAAUAAAGUGGCGGGAAACAACGAGGAAGGGAGCUUCUGGAAGAACAGGUUCAACAACGUUCGCUCCUCGUUCCAGGCGCGACAGAAUCACGAGUGCAGCGGCGAACAGACGCGUAAAAUUCCGAGAGUCACAAACAUCGUUCGCCAUUUCGAGGAGUUCAAAAUCGGAGGCGAUUCCGACGAUCAGACGAAGGAACGCGGUAAAACGAAACACGCUCAUUCGGAAUUCGACCAAGAGUUCGAUAUCAGACAGAACUUCGAGGAGUUCAAUCUGGACGAGUGUGACCUGUCCGAUGAUCCUGAUCGGCCCGAAGGCGAUGGCUCGGAGAGACUCGGCAAUCUUGGGGCUACAGUUGGCCAGAACGAGAAAUCUGCCGCAACCAAAGACAAUAAUAAUGUUCCUCUUGCCGCGACCAAUCCGAGUAGCGGCUACGAUCACUUCCUGGAAGCAACAGGGCUUAGCAAUAAAUCUAUACUAACCCCGUCGAGAUUGCUGAGUAAUCAUAAAAGUAUGCUGAAGCCGAAAGACGUGAAGUAUAAGAAUAAAAUUAAAUCAACCGCGGUCAUGGAGAAGCACGGUAUCUCUACGACCACCAAUAACACCACUCAUGUCAGACAUUGGACUGGUCCGUUCGUUUGACGGUUGGCUCAAGUUUUUCCAAAAAGUUUCUUCCAACAGGAAGUCGUAGACGAAGGAACGUAAUUGAAAAGAAUGUUACUGUUGUGCACGUUGUUGAGGACAUUGAUGGCUAUAGGAAAUCGACUGUAUAGGAGUUCGACUGUGCUUCGAAUAUUUUAAACUUUUUUAAACACGUUUUUCAAGGUAAAAUGUAUUUCUGUAAAUUAUUAUUAAUGUGUUUCUAUUUUUUUUUUUUCCUAAUACAAUAGAUAGAAAAAUGUAGAACUUAAUUUAUUUAUAGCAGUUUCGAAUGAAAAAGGAUUUUAAUGUGUCGUAUUUAAAAUUUAUAAUGCAUCGGAGCAUUAUAAAGGCACUUUGUUGAGAAAUAUUAAUUCGAGGAGAAAAAAAUAAAAGUAUACAUGUUUCUUUUGUUGUUGGAAAUAAAAUUAAAAAUGACUUUAUUGAAAGAAUUUUGCGUUUGAUUAAGAAAUAGGAGUACACCAGUACAAUGUUAAAUACUUUGUGACGAUUUAUAAACAACUAGAACAUAUGAUACAAUCAUAUAUAUAUAAUAUAUAUAACUUCUACUAUCUAUAAAAAUACAACGCAACUCUAUAAAAAUACAAUGCUAACUGUCACUGGUAUCAAAAUCUAAAUAGGACACAGAAGAAAAAGUACUUCAGAAAAUGGACAUUAUUUAAAUUCGAACAUCUCACCAGUAAAUGUUAAAAGGAUUCCAUUUUCGCAG